UCUGAGUCCUGGGAUUUCCUCAAUGAGCUCGCAAGGUGGAAAUGACAUCAGGGUGUUGGUGGAAGUUUUGCUGAAUCAAGAUUUCAUCGUUUACUCUGAUUGCAAAGUACCAGUACCAGCCUCAGUGGACUGGCUCUUGGCGUCGUUGCUCACCGAAUACAAACAGUAAAGAUUGAGCGCGGAGAGAGAGAGAGAGAGAACAUGAAACGGAUACAACGUUGCAAAACUUUGUUACACGCUUACAACUUCCGAGCUCUGAAUGUGCUUCAUGCAUUGCCUGAGAAUCCAAGAUCGCAGUUAAAACGCGAUUUUUUUGCUGCUACCUCAUCAUAUGCUUAUGACACAAGGGUUGAAUUAUUGUCCCAAGAACAGAGGAGGAUGUGUUUUGAUACCCACGCUUUAGUCCUGGAGCUGCAGAAUAACGGUUUUCCAAAACAGCAAGCAGAGGCUAUUGUAACAUUAAUGGCAAAUUUGACUAAUGCAAAUAUGGAAUCCACACACAAGGAAUUGGUAACAAAAGCACAACAGGAAAUAACGCUGCAGCAAAUCAUGGCUCAUUUAGACUCGAUAAGAAAGGAUAUGGUUAUUUUGGAGAAAAGUGAAUUUUCAAGCCUGAGGAUGGAAAAUGAGAAAAUAAAAAUUGAAUUGGAGCAUGUGAAACAACAGCUUACGGAUGAAGUUAAGAAAAUCAGAAAUGAUACAAAACUGGACAUGAACUUGGAGAAAAGCAGAAUCAUGGACUCGUUUAGAGAACAAGAGAAGCAGUUAAUGACAUCUAAAAAUGAAUUUACUGAACUGAAUUCAGACACGGACCGUGCGAUAACUGAAACAAACAAAAAAAUUGACACAGAUGUGGCGUCACUUAAAACCAUGUUGGAAUCUCUUAAACUAGAAACAAUGAGGUAUCUUGCAGCAUCUGUCUUCACCUGCCUAGCAAUCGCCUUGGGAUUUUAUCGCUUGUGGCAAAAAUAGAAAAUUGAAAGCUGACCUUCACCAAUGACCAAGAAAAGAUUCUUGAAAUGGAACACUGCAAAAUCAUCCUGAAGAAUUCCAAAUAAUACGUUGGGAUUUUUCCUGCAGAUGCCCGAUAUAAUUGUCCUGCUGCAGUGGUUUGAGGAAAGAUUCAUGGUGCAUUGUUAUUAUGGUCACAGAAAAUUGCAGAACCGUGGUGAUGGAAUACAGAUCUCUCUCACAGUUGGUUGUAACGGGCCUGGGUGAAAUGACUGCAUAUUCUUAACACGUUGCCUGGGCCAAGUGCAUUCACAGUACAGAAAUACAUUAUGUAGCAGCUGCUGCAUGUACUAUAAAUGCAUUGAGCAUACAGGGUGCUGCAUUAAGGGUGGUUACCACAGUCUUUGUCUGCCGUGUAAGAUAAAAUAGAGAUUUAAGUGUUUUUUUUAUUUUGUUUUCCGUAUUACAAAAUAGAAUGAACCCCGAGGCCAGUAUGCAGCAGCGGUUGCCAGGUAACCGUGGCAAUGACUACAAUAUGGGCAGAAACAAACAGCCUGUUAUCAUGCUGGUUUAUUAAAUGUAUUCCUAUUACUCUUGAGAAAUGGCAGCAAUUAAAGUGUAUUCUUCAGAGACUCAGCAAAAAUGAGCAGUUUGCUAUAAAAUCACUUUCUGAACAAGUGAUUUGUUGUGAAGAAACUGUCACAGUAAAUAAAAUCUUCUGGAAUAAUUAUUACAGUCAUAUCUCUGACAGCAAAGAUGAAUGCUGCUCUUGAGCAUUUUGUUUCAAGCAUUUAAUAAGUCGGGAAACCAGCAAUUGAGGAUAUAAUUAACUGGAGACUUGAAGGCAGCAACUUCAGGCUUGUACCUGCCUUGAUUGAUAUGGAUACUGUGCAUUGAAUGUAACAUCUUGUUCUUUUAUCAUGACCUUUAAGUGAUAUUCCCCAACAAUGUUAAGCUACUUGGAGCAUGUUGACUACCUUCAUUAAAAAUUGACCAAAUUA